UGUGUAAAUGAGACAGCUAGAAGCACUUGCGUUGGCAGCAACAACUACACUAACGAGUUGUGGGUGAACUUGGACGAGUAGAAAAAUUUUUUCAUUUCCACAAGCGAACGCCGAGAAUGCUUCGAAUUCUGUUGCAAUAAAAAAGUUUUAUUAUUUUGAUUAGUAGUCAAAGUCAAGGAACAUUUCAGCAACAACAAGUGCAAACAAUGUGGAGUAACAAAGUGAAAAAAGAAAUAUUUCAAAACAUAAACAGCGUUUUAAUUAGAAAAUAAACGAGGGAAGAAAAAGAUAGAACCGUACCGCCAAUUUGUGAAUUGUGAAAAAGAAUAUCAAUUGGACAAAAAGCUGUGCGCAAAUUGAGUGUGUAGCUGUGGAAAAAAUAUACGAAAACGCGAAAUACAUUUACCAACGCGAGUUGGUAUUGCAGCGAAGGCGCAAGUGAAGCGAGACGCAAAAAAAAAUUCGCGAAAGAAUAGAAUCCGCUGGUUCUCCGUUGGUCAGAAUUUGAACUGUUGGAGAUAAAAAAGCGUACAUACAAGCCGUGUGAAAAAGUGUGGGUAUUUUGGUGUAGUUUCGAAAAUAAUAGCAUUGACAGAGCAGCUUGGAAUUGCUGAAGUACAGCAGCGGGCUUCACAACAACAGCGAACGGUGCUGGCGCGCGAGACCCCCUCGAUGUUGGAUUCCUUGGGAGCUGACUUAGCUAACGCCAACGCCGCUAGGAACGCAACACAGGCUGUGCUGAGCAAACGACAUGGAAAGCAUCUGUAGAUUGUGUUUCCAACCAGCAGCGUUGUUCCAAGUUCCCGGCUAUAAUAUACCCACCUGUGUCAAGUGCUCCGAGCAUCUAACUGCAAACGGUUUCUAUCCAUCGGUACGUGGCGGUGUGGCCGGUGCUGGUGGUGCAAGUGCUGUGGACACACAAAAUCUAGCGAAUGUCGCCGCAGUCGCUGCACAAUUGAGUAAUAACGUCGCCGCUGCGGCAAACAAUAAUAACGUCGCUGCCGUUAACGCUUUGGCACAACAGCUACAGCAGCAACACCAACAACAUCAACAGCAACAGCAACAACAGCAACAACAACAGCAGCAACAACAUCAACUACAAUCAACAAGUUCUUCCGAAAGUAUACAGUCCGCAUCUGAGAUUACAGAGAAGCAAAAUCGUCAAAAUCGGCGCCAAGUUUCCCUUCAGAAUCGCGCGAAAUUAAAAACGGUCACAAUGUCGGCCUUUGAAUUGGAGAAGACCAUACAGCAGUUAGACGUGGACUUGAUUUUCAACGAGGAGGGCUCCUGCCCCCUUUGCAACAAGACAUUCUCACGCAAAUCUUCGCUACUGACACAUAUACGCAAUCAUGCAGCCGAGCGGAAAUUUGUUUGCAAUUUUUGUAAUAAAGGCUUUACACAAGCAGCCAAUUUGCGUAACCAUGAACGCAUACACACAAACGAUCGACCAUACGUGUGUGUGGAUUGUGGCAAACAAUUUACACAGAUCACAAAUUUGAAUAAUCAUCGUCGCUUGCAUACUGGGGAACGCCCCUUCGUCUGCAUAGAGCCCGAGUGCGGGCGCUCAUUUGCGCAGGUGACCAACCUCAACAAUCACAUGAAGACACACCACAAAGUACAGCAAUACUGCUGCAAUCAGUGCCCCAAGAAAUUCACGCAAGUCACCUCGCUCAAUCAGCAUCUCCAAGCGCAUGCCGGCAUUACCGGCUACUAUUGUCCACGCUGUCCGGAUAAGACGUUCAAGCAGCAAUCGCAGCUGCAUACACACAUGAAAUCGCAUGGCAUGGCUUUCCCAUACGAAUGCAGCAAGUGUGAUGAGAAAUUCCUGCAGCAGGCGCAUCUCGAUCAGCAUCUGAAGAUGCACGAUGAAUUCAAAUUCAAAUGCGACAUCUGUCCGAGCUCAUUCAACCAGGAAACGUUGUUGAAGAAACAUGUGCAGCGACAUGUGGAGGGCAGGUACCUCAACUGUCCUGUGCCCAAUUGCAAUGAGGCAUUCGCUGUGCGCCAGCAUUUAUCCAAACACUUGCUAACGAAUCACGCACACAAUGAGCUGCCGCCGCCGAAACGUUCAAAGAAGUCGAUAACACUGCAAUCGCCGCAACAGCCGUUGGCUAUGAUUGGACAGCCACUCUCAAUACAACACACCGCCGGCCAACGUAUGUGUUCGAAUACUGGAAGAAAGCGUGGUCGUCCGCGCAAGAACAAAGAACCUCAAAAUCCUCCCAUCAAAGUUGAGAUUAAUGAGCCAUUGCACAAUCAGCAUGUCAUCAGCAAUGCUAGCGGCUUAUCCAUACAACAACAAAUUAGCCAACAUAUGCAACAGCAGCAACAACAGCAGCAACAACAAUUGCAUCAGCAACAGCAGCAACAACAACAUCAUUUGCUGGCCAAUCAAGUGAAGGCGCGCUUCAUACCGACUAAAUAGAGGCGGCAACUGCAACUGCAGCGGGAGCAGCAUCAGCGCACGUUGAUCCACUAAAUUGCUUUAUAACUACUUUUUAAUAUUAAUUUCGAAAUUUCUAAUUAGUUUCGAAACUUCGAUUUUUUUUAGUAAUAUUUAAGGCUUUAACUUAACUUUUAAUGUUAAUUUUUUACUUCAUUUAUUUGUUAUUGUUUCAUUGUAUUGCAUGCAGUGAUGCGGACCAUCGUGAAUCCUGGAAGUAUGCUAGGAAAAAUGUUGCAUGAAAAUGCGAAAAAGAAAUUAGAAAUUCAACAGUUUAAGAAAUAUAGCUAACUUAGUGUAAAAAAAAUUUUACAAAAAACUUUGCAGACAGGCGGUGGGAAAUUGAUUGGCAAAUGCGUGGCGGUGUGAAGCCGAAAGUUUUGAAAAAAACUGCAGAAUUUUGAAUCUGAAAUAAUUUGGAUUACCCGUUAUUGGUGAAAAAAUACACGAAAAUCUCGUAACAUAUGCUGAACUGCCAAAAUUUGUUUGAAAUAUUUUUUCGUUUUCCGAGUUUUCAACAUUUUACGCAUUUUCCUCACGUUUUUUCUAUAAUCGGUUUUUUUUUUAAUAUUUUCUAAACCAUAAUUUGCCUCGAUUUUCUACCGCAUGUAACGACAUCAGUAAAAAAUUGUAAAUAAUUCUAAAACAGAUUAAAAAAUUAAGUAUAAAAGCAGAGUAAUUUUACUUAUAAUUGUUGCUUGUGUAACAAAUGGCAAACAUUUAUUUAAACAUUUUUAAGUGUUAAAGCGAAAGAAGAAAUUAAAAAAUAACAAUUUUUCUAACAUUGCGAAAAGCUUUAUUUAUCAUAAAAGUCGCAAAAAAAGGUUGCGCCAAAAGGUGGAAAAAAUGAAAUUCUUUUUUUUUAAUAUUUUUUGUUCU